AUGCAACAUAAAAAGAUAGCUUAUAGCUUUACAAGUAAAAGAAAUAAAAUGGGAGUGGCUAUAAGUAGAUAUUCAGACAUAUCAUCAAAUGAACUCCUUGCGCGCUUUUGCUCUUCAGAAAUCAUUUGUCCAAAUGACCCCUUUUGGAAUCAGUUAUUGGCUUUUAAUAUACAAUUGCCAAACAAUACUGAUGAGCAGCUAAUAUUUGACUCAAGCACUGAAGCACUGCUACAGAAGUUCCUACAAAAUAAUUUGCAAACUGGUAAUCUUGGCUCACUAGUACAGGUGUUUAUAACACGUGCCACUGAACUACUAGCAGCACCUAACAGUGAUAAUGUAAUGUUAGCAUGGCAGACCUUCAACGCACUGUUUGUGAUACGAGCGGUAAGCAAGUAUCUGGUGGAGAUUGUGCCUGAGUACGAGCUGUGUCGACACCUUGACGUGAAUGCGGCCCGCGCUCCCAACGGGCCAGUAGAUGUGAGGGACUUGAAUAGCACCCCACUCCCUGGACUGCCCAGUCCAGAAUCUUCCGGUUCCCCACUGACUCUAUCUCAGAUUGCAGACAACGUGGCCGAAGCUCCAGCCUCGCCGAAACUCGUGGGAAGCGAAAGUAGGGUGGAAAUGCUGAUUGAUGCCCUCAUUGGAAUAAUUAUUGAUAUACCUGUUACAGACAACACGUAUUAUUUACACUUGGAAUGUUUAAACACAUUAUUAGUGUUAAUGUCCGUAUACAUGUUUGCUGGUGUGCACGGACAAACACGUCUAGUGGAAACCUCACUUAUAUACAGAACACUAUUCCAAGGCCGUUACGGUAUGCACGCGCCACUUCUAGUCAAAACUUUACUAAUGAACCUUUCCAACAUGGCAUCAGCUCCACCCAGCAUGUUCGGAACCAGCUCCGGUGAAAGUCUUUUAGUUAAUCUGGCCACCGGGCUCUGGAGCAUGCUGACCUUCGGCGCAAACUCCCGUCAAACGAUUUACAGCCACCCGCCUCUCGAUCGCACCGAGUUGCUGGAGCGGCUAAAACGGGAACACGGCGUUGCUAACCAGUCUUGCUUGUUGCUGCUGGCGUUGGCGAACCACUGCAUGACGCAAGACAAUCUGUACAGGAACGCGCUGCUUUGUUGCGAAGACACGGCAGAGACAUCAGCAACAACUCCACAAAGGGACUCCAAUGGUACAGCGCAGGUCACACCCCCACGGAUAGACAUGGCAGCGCUCCACAAGGCGCUAUGUGCUACAGCGGGUUGUGAACACUCUACACUUCUUCUAUAUUUAAUGUUACAUUCCUGUAAAGCGUAUAAAAGGCACGUGAGCAAUGUUGCCCAUGUGGAGAAUUUGAUAGUACCAAUCCUUCAAGUGUUGUACAACGCACCGGAUAGUAAUUCACAUCACAUUUACAUGUCACUGAUAGUUUUAUUGAUACUAACUGAAGACGACUCUCUCAUCAAAAACGUACACUUGAUUAUGCUGAAGAACCUGACGUGGUACACGGAGCGGUCGAUAUCGGAGAUCUCGCUGGGCGGGCUGAUGGUGCUGGUGGUGGUGCGCGCGCUGCAGUACAACAUGGCGCGCGUGCGCGACAAGUACCUGCACACCAACUGCCUGGCCGCCGUCGCCAACAUGAGCUGUGAAUUCAGAAACCUACACCCUUAUGUAGCACAGAGAUUAGUGUCCUUAUUUGAAACAUUAACAAAGAGAAGAUCGAGACUAUGUAGUGAAAUAGAAGGUGGAGAUAUUAACACUUUAGAAUUGCCACAUCACGCCGAAGAGAAAACAGAAGAAAUUAUGGACCACAUAGCAGUUUUAGACGAGGUGAUCCGCAUGUUGCUUGAGAUCAUUAAUUCUUGCCUCACGCACCAACUGGCGUCGAACCUGAACCUGGUGUACGCGUUGCUGCACAAGCGACACCUAUUCCAGCAUCAGCAGCAUCAGCACCAUCAUCAUAUCGCACAGAACAUUGAAAUGGUGAUAGGAUACUUUUCAACAAGAUUGCAGAGGGUACAAGAGGGCGCAGGUGGUGACCUCGGCGUGACAGAAGUGUUGCAGUGCAUCAAAAAAGGCGCAGAACAGUGGUCGAGUGAUAGGCUAAGGAAAUUCCCAGACUUGAAAUUCCGCUACGUUGAAGAAGAAAGGCCCGAGGAAUUCUUCACACCAUACGUUUGGGGCUUGAUAAGCAGUUGUGGUGGUGUAUACUGGGCCAGCGAGUGCGGUACGAGAGCUGUCGGCGACUUACUGGGCUGCUGA